AAAAUGUCCAAAUGAUCACAAAGGUUUCUAACGUUGACGUGAUGGGCUCUGAAUUAUGGAGAAUGGCUCGUUCUUUCCUCAAAGAAAAAACGUCUGCGAACAUUACAAUGUGUGACGUACAAGGACAGUUUGCACAGUUACGACAUAAUCUCUGUAGAAUGAUAUCUUUUCUCGAGAAUGGCGUCGGACACGAAUCUCCGAAAGAGUUUGUUAUUUCGGAUGGAAAGGUUUUCACCAAUACGUUUGAUAGAAUUCCUGUAGGUGAGUUUGAGAUGUCAUUUAGGAGAGAGAAAAUGACCGAGAGAAAAAAAGUUGCUAUACGAUCUUCGAACAAUCGCAACAUGCUUCCAUUUUAUGCAGUACCAGCGUUAUCACAAUCACCGUACACAAAACAAGAUUACAAUAUUUCCAUCAAAGAAGUUCUCUUAUGCUCACAAAAACUGCUAUUUCAUCCCUACGAUAUUACCCCAAUAAGGCAACACUGGGAACCUGAAAAUGAUGCUGGGCAUGAGGUUUUAUGCUGUGAAUUUUCGGGACUAUUCGAAAGGGGUGAGAAACAAAUUGAGGUUAUCGGUUGUUGUUUGAAAAGUAUCAUGUCAAAUGUUCAAGUAAAAAGAGCAUGCGUCUGCUUGAAAUCAGUCGUAAAAAAUUACGAAAUCGGAAUGUUUUAUACCAUGACUGUUGCCAUGAGCUUUGCAGACCUGAUUGAAAGAAAAUCUUCAGUUUUUGUGAUAUACGAUGAGAAUUACAAAAAUAUAUCCGAACAACUUUGCCAUUUGCUUCAUCAAAAGUUAUGUACCACAUACAGUGCUGAAUUUGACUCAUCAAAAGACAUUCAGCAUCCAACUGCAACAGCUUUGAUAAUAUUAUCAAAACACAUUAUCUGUUCAUUGGAUGUUAUCAAUCGCUGCUUUCCCAUGUUAAAACAUUUGCUGAGUGUUCGCGGAUUACUUUCAUUCUCAGUCUAUGCGGCGCAUCCUACCAGAGACAAAACUAUAGAAACGUCUUUCAUUGAUCUUUAUGAGAUCUUUAAAGAAACAUCGAUGCAGACCACCUUUUUUCAUGUAAAAAGAUGCCUAGCCAAAGCCAAAUACCAAUGUAAAAUUGACAAUCAGGAUUGUGUAUUGAAUUUUGCUGCAGUUAAACCUACAGUUCCUUUGAAGGUACCUAAACAAAUGCUGAUUAGACAUGAUUCUGCAUAUGUUGUUAUCGGGGGACUUUCAGGCUUAGGAUGGGAGAUAAUGAAAUUCCUGGCAAGUCAAAAAGCCAAAAUUGUGAUCAGUAUGUCAAGGCGAUCGCCAUCGCCGACAGUAAAAUAUCGGCUUGAAAAUCUACAGCUUCUUCGAAAUACUGAAGUUUGGCACGUGAAUGCAGACAUUACGGACCGAAAAAAUCUUGAGAAUGCUUUCUUUGAUCUUGAGCACAGGCUAGCAGAAACUCCACUCCGUGGAAUAUUUCAUGGUGCAGGAGUCCUACAUGACGCUCCAGUUGAAAAACUUACUCUGGAUAUGUUUGAUAAACCACUCAUGCCUAAAAUCGUUGGUACCUUGAAUCUGCAUCAUGUAACAAAGCAUUUGGAACUUGAUUAUUUUCUUUUACAUUCAAGUGUGGUUUCGCUACUUGGAAAUGGUUCCCAAACCAAUUAUGCAGCUGGAAACUCAUUCAUGGAUGCUUUUGCCCAUUAUCGACGUUCUAUUGGACACCCUGCCCAAGUAAUUAACUGGGGACUGCUAAACGUUGGCAUGGGAGCUGAUCAAAAUAUCCAGUCUAUAAUGGGAGCUGAUCAAAAUAUUCAGUCUAUAAAUGCAUUGAAUGGACUAUUUCCAAUCAGCACAGCUCAGAUCACGUCAUCAUUAAUGCAUGCAUUGCUGAUGAACAGAACACAACUGAUGGUGGCGGAUAUCGAUGUUUCUAUCGGAGGCAUAAAAUUUGAGGACUUGCAGUCUCCUCGGGUAAGCAGUAAAUUGCAAGAAAACCACAAUGUGGUGAAUUUACUCCAAAGAGAAUCUCAAUCUAGAGAAGAUUUACUGGAUAUAUGGAUUCGUUUUGUCAAAAUGUCGUCAGCUUCUGUUCUUUCUGUUGAAAGUGAUGAAAUAAAAGAGUCAUCUAUUUUACUUGAUUAUGGACUAAAUUCACAAAAAGCAAUAGAGCUUGUCAAUUAUCUGUUUUCACACAGUCAAAUCCGUCUUCCUGUUGUAUAUCUAAUAACAGGUAAAAAUACAGUGAAAGCAAUUGCAGAAUAUUUCCUGAAUAAGGCAAUCCAAACUAACGAUACAUCAAAUGAGGAAUAUGUGUCAUUUAGUCCUUCGUAUUUGGAACAACAUUACUUUGAUCUAUUAGAAGAAAAUGAAAAUAAUCCACAUUUAGCAAUCAUGGUUGAUUUAACAAUUAGUGGAAGCCUAAAUGACAAGGAGAGUUGGAAGAUCGCAGCUCUAAACUUGAUAAUGAUGAAUCCAGAAUUAAGAACUGUUUUCAAAUCAACGGAACAUGGACAGAAACGAGGUAACAGAAUGCGACUUGUACUGGACAUAGAGGACAUCAAUCUUCAAUUUGAAAAUGUGAAUACUGAAGAGGAUUUAGAAAAAACUUCAGAAAAAUUAAGGAAGUUUAAUCCUAAUGAAGACAUUCCAGUAAGAUUUGUGUAUUGGCAGUCUACACAUUUUGGUUGUCUUCGAUUGAUUUUCAAUCACUGUGCAUUUGAUAAUGGGAGUGUUUCUAUCCUUGCAAAAGAUUUAGAAAUGAUAAUGAAAUAUACCAUCGCAAAGCACACAAUCCCAGAUUCAAUGGUACGACGUGCAGUCGACCCAGCUUUAAUUAUGGAACAAAACUUAGCUGGUGAAAUGGAAAACCUCCAGUCUUACUGGAAAACAGAGUUGCUAACAUGCAACGAGAAGCAUAGUUUUACUUCACUGUCCAGACCUGACACAAAUUGCGAUUUGGAAAAAGACCUGGUACUGUCAAAAAACUGCGAUGAAAAAUUGGUCAUGAAAUUAGAGGAGUAUGCCAAAGAAAGAAAAGUUUCUCUAUUUUCCUUGUUUUGCACAGCCUACCAGCUUACUCUUAACGCCUUUUUAAUGAAUAAAAGAGUAUGUGUUAUUAACGCAACGGAUAUGAGAAUGCAUUUUCCAGAAUUAUUAGAGAGAGCAGUUUUAUGUGUGAAUUAUAUUCCAUUAGUAUCACCUGAAUUGUCGGCAAACCGAUCUAUUCAUGAUAUUGCCCAAGAUAAUUCUGAAAGAAUAGCUGUCAGUUUAUCAAAAAGCAAUUUACCAUUCAAACUUAUGAAAGGAAUGUCAGAGUUUAAGAAAAGCGUUCACUCAGUGCACAUGAUUAAUCUUGAGGACCUAACACUAUGGAAUAGAUUUGAUACUACCAGUGUUGAAAUGACCAAGUUCAAAGCGGAACAAGACACAACUUUCGAGACAUGUUUGAGCAUAAUCAUCCACUCCGAAAGGAAUAUUGAACUCAAACUCCAGGUUUCCACAGAAAACGUUGGGAAAUAUAAUGGCGAGAGUAUUCUUGAAAACAUAGAAAGAUUAAUUUACAUGAUGCCAUUCAAAUCAGUGUUACAUAUGCAUGACAUAACCUCAACAUCUGGUAUAGAGCAAGAAAUCGGAAAUUUGUCCUCAGGUUUGAUCUCUCUCUCUCUCUCUCUCUCUCUCUCUCUCUCUCUCUCUCUUCCUGAAAACAUACUCAUAAUAAAGAAAAAUGUUCCACUUUUAGCAUCAUUUACCUUCCUCAAUGGAAAAGGAGACAGAAAGUUCAAAACGGUACACAUAUUGCACAGCCCAACUUUUACUCUGGAGUGGGGUCGAAAAAGAAAAAUCCAAAUCCCUGUGAUAAAUAUUCAACGGAUACAAGGUUUUCAGUUUGAAGACUUAUACGGUAUUUCUUUGACAUUACCGCAGUCAGACGUCAAGCUAGCGCUGAAAAAUCGAAGAGCACGAGAUGCUUGGAUUGCAGUGCUGGAAAAAAACCUGUCUGAAUUGAAUUUUGGAACAUCUGCUGUCACACGUCUCUAAAAUGAAAUGACUUGUUGACAUGUAAGAGUAAAGAUUUCCUAGUGUUUUAACAUUUUCACAAAACAUUCUGCUGUCAUAAGGCUCCCUGGAGUACAUUAUUAGGGUUGUGAUGGGAUACACAGAGGAGUUCCAUUGCGUAUAAAUGUGAAAAUCUAAGAAAUAACCAAAUCCUGACUUUGCUUUUGACAGUGCUUAUAUUUCGCCAUUUUCAACAAAAUGUGUUUUGUUACUAUUUUACCGAUUACUUUGUAAUACAAAAAGAUACUUAAUGGUUUCUUUUGAACCAGCAAAAUGAAUAUAUCUUAUAGAACACGCACAUACACUAAUGCAAUCUUUUAUUUUGUUGUACAAUUGAAUUAACAACUAUUGAAUUAUCUGUAUUAUACUGCAAAUUGCAUUUCAAUCGCAAUUUUUGUUGUUGUAAAUUCUUGACAUUGUAACUAUAUUGUCUAAUUUUAUAUAUCGUACAAUGUCUAUUGAAAACCUCUUCUGAUGUAUUUGUAAUCAGAUACAGUAAACAUUUCAUGAAUAACUGAAAUAAAAUAAUAAUUUUCUUUUCGAA